AUGGAUUUGUUCUUAGAAGAACGUAAAGUCUCGGAAAAUCUUCAAUUAAAAGAAAUAUUCAGACGAAAAUAUAAAACAAGUGACCCUAAUUGUUAUGAUCCAUCGGAAAAUAUAAGAAUCUUUGAGAAAAUUUUAAGAACGAAAGAUUCUUCUAUCGAAAUUGAAUGGUGCAUGAAAAAUGGAGCUCAAUUAUAUACUAAAAAUGAAAACAAGAAGUAUCCGAUUAUGUAUGCAAUUGAUUCAUUAUGUCCGAAAAAUUUACAAACAUUUCUCGAUUAUUAUGACAAAUCAAAGAUUAAUGUCAAGUUUGAAGAUAGAAAUUGUCUUCAUUUAUUGUUGAGUAUCUUUGAAAUGAGUUCAAAAAGAAGUGAAUUUAAAAACGUAGCAGAAUGUAUUAAGAUUUUGGUGGAUGCUGGAUGUGACCCAAAUUCACCAGAUGUUAAUUCAAGAACACCAUUUUUCAUGCUUUUGAAAUUAAAGUCACGUCUCGACAUUGACCUUCAUAAGAAUCUUGUUGAAUGGUUCUUACAAAAAAGUACUAUUGAUGUUUACUCUUAUCGCUCCGAAGAAAUGAUUCAAAUGUUGAAAGUGCAGAAUUUUCCCAUACCCGAGAAAAUUGAAAACUUUAUCACUUUCGAUUACUUGUGCAAUUUAAUACACAAUGGAAAUGAAACAGAAUUUAUUGAAUGCUUUAAUGAAUUCUAUGACAACUUUGGUGUUGAUAUGAAAAGUGAAAUUGACAGUGGACAAACUGAAAGCACAAUAAACAUAGAAGGUGGUGAAAAUAGCAUUAUGUUGAACAGUCACUCGGAACCUCAAUGCCAGUCAUAUAAUUCUGGACCUUUUUUUAAUAGUUUCGAAGAGAAAUGUGCAACUUUUCUUAUAGAGUCUACGAAGAAUGGCAUAUAUCGUAUUGUUGAAUGUCUUUUACAAUAUAAAAUUGACAUUAAUAAGUUUCCGGAGUUUGAGCAACCAGCUGCUUUCAUAGCAUGUUCACGUGGUUAUUGGAAAAUUUUGGAACUUUUCUUAAGUCAUCGCAACUCAGGAAAUAUUUUCGAUUUAUGUUUUAACUAUCAGAAAAAAAAUUUACUUCAUGAGAUUUGCAGUCAUUUUGGAAUGGACAACAAUCUAGAUAAAAAUCAGGAUUAUCAGAAAUGUUUUGAUAUGUUACUUCCUUGUGCUGAUGUUGAUGUUAAUCAACAAGACGAACUUGGAUUCACACCUCUCUAUUAUGCCAUUCGAUAUAAAAAUGAUAAAGCUACAAAAGCAUUAUUGAAAAAAUGUUAUGUGGGAAGAAAGAACAUUUUCAACAGAGGUCAGAUCUUUAACAUCGAUAAAGAAGUGCUUGAAGAUUUCUUGGAUGAUUGUAUAUCACUUGAUGUUAACGAAACGACAGUGUUGCUUGAUAAUCAAUUUGAAGAUGUUCACAAUGAGUUGGUUAAAAUUAUAGGAACUAAAACAGUGAGAAUUAUAAGAGCAAUAACAAUACUUUGUGCUACUUUUGAGUUUCUGAUCUUGUUCGGUGAUCUUCCUUUCUUCUCUGUUUCUACACAUAUGAUCAUUUUAAAGCGAGUUUUCGUGACAUUCUUAAAAUCUUUUGCAUUGUAUUCAAUCUUAUUAGUUGGAUUUGCAUUUUGUUUUUAUACUCUUUUUGGUGACACGAGUUUGGAAGUGAAUGAUAAAAUGAAUUCGGAAACAAAUGAGUCGAAAGAUAGCGAAGAUGAUUUCCAUCAAUUCAGAUAUCCAGGAUUUGCACUUAUUAAGACUAUCGUGAUGUUUUCCGGUGAAUUGGAAGCUUCAAGUAUUGACUUGAAAAAUAAUGAUGCCGUUUACAGUUUAAUCUUUCUCUUGUUUGUAUUUUUAAUUACAAUUGUGUUGUUGAAUCUCAUUAACGGUCUCUCAGUUUCCGACGUGUUUCAAAUUAAAGCUGAAGGACAUUUAGUCGAUUUAUGUCACAAGAUUCAUGUUCUCAACAAAUAUGAACGAAUUGUUAUGGAUCGUCGCGAUUCGUCACGAUAUUUGAAAGCAAUUAUAAGUAUUUUCCCAGAGUUUGUUACAAAUGGCAUUAUUGAGAUUGAUUUUCAGAAUAAGAUCAAACUUAAUUCACUUGGCAGCAAGGGACGUGAGUCAAUUUUAGAUUCCUGGUACAAUCAAAUGUUUGAAAACCUCAUGGAACUCAAUCAAUUCAUGACAGCGACAAAUAAAAAUGAAAAAAGAAAACUCAAACCUGUGCUAGAUGAUGGUUUUCACAUAACUCUAAACAGGAAAAUUAUGAGAAGAAUUAAAUCCGUUAUUGAGAAUCGAGAUGAAAAACAUAAAACGAUAAAAUUGGAAGAAAAAAUUACGAAUAUUGAAAACAAUCUCAAACUUCUUGCUACUCACGACACAAAACUUGAUUUAAUCUUGAAAUUUCUCGAUCCUAAAUGA